AGCCCACCCUAGUGAUCAGGGGAGCACCUUGCCCUGCCCCCAGCUCCUCAUUGCCAAGACACAGAGAGAGACAGGGAGGCUGCUUACAGGCAGGUGUGAGGGGCUCCUGGGGGCCACUUCUGAUCAAGCACAUCUGAGGAGCAUUGCUGGUAGCAUUUAUUGCAGUCUGCCAGGAUCCACAUGUUGCAUUGCACUUCUCCGUGAGACCUACCUUCAGACAGGCACCAAGGGGCUCCCUCCCUGCUUCUCCCCGUCACAGGUCUAAGGAGGGACCCCAGGAGACACUUGUUGCUGCUGCUUGCUGUGAGCUGAUCUCCUUCUCUCCUCCAGAAGACAACAAACAGGACUGGUUCACCCUCUCCCUUGCUUUGUACUACAGCAAGUCCUUAGCAGAGACCCCACAGAAACAGAGAUAAUUUAAGAAAGGUUUACAAGAUGCCUGGACUCCUGAAUCGUAUCACAGGGUCCCCGUUACCCCUGACGGCGGCUGAGAUCAGUUCCUGUGUGAGUGGCUAUGCUUUGGGCAUGACUGCUUCGCUCACCUACAGCAAUCCAGAGUCGCAGCCAGUUGAAGCUCUCUUUGUGUACCCGCUGAAUGAGCACACCGUGGUCGUCGGUUUCGAAGCAGUGAUCUGCAGACGUAUUGUCACCGUCCAAAUUAAAGACAAAGCCAAGAUGGACGAAUCUUACUAUGAUUACUGUAGCAUGUCUAGCGGCAGACUGCCGGAAGGAAAUGGACGGAUCCUCCUAGAUGAAGAUUUGGAAAGAAUUAUCUUCGUGGCCAAUCUCGGAGCCGUCCCAUCUCAGGAAAGUGUGUCUGUGCUAAUCAGUACAUCGUCUGAGCUUCCCACCCUGUCCAGUGGGGCAGUACGGGUGCUCUUGCCCCCUGUGUGCAUUCCCAGAGUGUCCCCCUGCUCUGCAGAAUACAGCCUGUCCUCGGUCACGCCUCUGAGAUUGAGAGAGACGGGGCUGUCAGGGAGCAGUAAAAAACUCUGUCUGGCCACUCUUCUAGAAACCGAAGCUGUGAACUCAGUUGAGUAUGAACUGACCUUCCACCUGGAAAUCCGAGCUCCUUAUCUCUUGGCAGGAGUUGAAAGUCCGACACAUGAGAUUCGAGCAGACGCUGACCCUUCGGCCCCAUCUGCCAAGAGUAUCGUCAUCACAUUAGCCAACAAACACACGUAUGACCGGCCAGUGGAAAUCCUCAUCCAUCCCAGCGACCCUCAUCUCCCCCACAUCCUGAUGGAGGAAGGAGACAUGACUCCAUAUAAAUAUGAACAGUUUCUAAAGGGGAAGAGCGACUUCAUUCGAGGGGUCAAAAAAGAUCCCAGCUCUGAAAAAAAGACAGAGAUUAUACGAAAGCGUCUGAUCAAGGACAUCUGUCAUAAUCCGGUGGUGAUGCUGAACUUCUGCCCAAACCUGACGGCAGCACAGACCGGCCUCAGUAAGACCCAGGGCGAAUUCAUCUUCCUCCUGGACCGCAGUGGGAGCAUGAGUGGCGUCAACAUCACUAGAGUCCGGGACGCAAUGCUGGUGAUUUUGAAGAGUCUCAUGCCGACCUCUCUCUUUAAUGUCAUUGGAUUUGGAUCGACCUUCAAAUCGCUGUUCCCUUGUAGUCAGAGCUAUAACGAGGAGAAUUUAGCCAUUGCCUGUGAGAGCAUCAAGAGGCUCCGAGCAGAUAUGGGAGGAACUAAUAUACUGGAUCCUUUAAACUGGAUCAUUCGGCAGCCGGUGUGUCGGGGAUACCCACGCCUUCUCUUUUUGCUCACUGACGGUGCUGUCAGUAACACCGGCAAAGUGAUAGAACUGAUCCGGCACCACUCGUCAUUUACUAGGUGUUAUAGCUUUGGAAUUGGGCAGAAUGCUUGCCGGCGCUUGGUUCAAGGUGUGGCAAGUGUAUCCAAAGGCAGUGCUGAAUUUUUGGUGGAAGGAGAACGAUUGCAGACUAAGAUGUUAAAUUCCCUUAAGAAGUCAAUGGCGCCAGUGCUCAGUGACGUCACCGUGGAGUGGGUUUUUCCAGAGAGCACAGAGGUUUUAAUCUCCCCCAUCAGCUCCAGUUUUCUGUUCCCCGGGGACCGUCUGGUGGGAUACGGUGUGGUAUGCAGCACUUCCCGAUACCUCUCCAACCCUCGCACAGACAAGCGUCGUAGAUAUAGUAUGAUGCACUCGCAGGAGUCGGGAAGCUCUGUGUUUUUUCAGUCUCAAGAUGAUUCAUCUGGAAGUGGGAGCUCCAAGAGUCAUCAGGACGCUAACCUCCCAUUGGCCCAAAGCAACCAAUUCCUAGUGACUAAGGAAGACCAGCUCGGAGAAUCCGACUUCGCCAUGGAGCAGGGGGCCCAGCGUAGAGCCUACAGCACCAGUCAGAUUGCUGACCACGAGUCCUCCGUGAAGGUCCACACGUCAAGUGACCCCAGCACAGCGCAGGAAAAGAGUCAACUGUGCAGCAUUCAGAUACAGGAAUUGGUAUCGCCCGAAAUGCCAGGGGUCAGUGGCACUGAGUCACAGUCAUCUUUAUCUGUCAGCCCAUUUGUCAGCACCACAAAGAUUAGGGGCGCUGGGGCCAGACGUCCCUCCUUGCUUCAGCAGAGCUGUCUCUCAUUUUGCCUUGAUGGAGACUCCCCAGUGACCCAUGAGAGUAUUCAGGCGGCCAGCACGGGAAGAUCCACCACUCAACAAGAGACAACGCUGUCUCUGAAAUCUUCCUCUGACAGUCAACCCUUCAGCAGCCCGGGGGAAAUGGACUGUAACCAUCCUUGUUUCACAUUUGAAACUGAAACAUCAUCAGAAUCCUCCCAAGAACAGGUUUCUGGGCCAAAGGGGCCGCCUUCCCACUCGCAGUCCAUGUGUAAGGCGGUGGUGAGAGGAUUGAGACAGAACCAGCCCGUUCAGUGGGAGAUUGCGUUUGACAUCCAGGAGCUUUUCAAGGAACAUGAGAACCGGGAUGACGAUGAGAGUGACCUGUGGAAUGAAACGUUCCACCAUCUGGCAGCCAAAUCUAUUAUCCGGGACUUCGAACAGCUUGCUGAACGGGAAUCCGAUAUUGAACAUGGUCCCGGACGCCGCUUCCAGCUGAACGCUAUAAACGCUAGCAAAGCAUGUAAUGUUAUAAGCAAGUACACUGCGUUCGUCCCCGUAGACUUGAGCAGCAACUCGUAUUUGCCCAGCAUAGUGGAAUAUGCCAACACAGGUGCUGCUCUCAGGCAGGGUUCCCAGCGCAGCCUAAAUUCAGGAAGCCGUCGCUUACGAGGUUUCUCCAUCGGCCUCGGGAGGUCCCAGUCCACCUGUGUCUCAGAUUCAUCAGAUGAUCGUUUUUACAAUACGGACGAGAAUGCAGCAUCUCCUUGUACCACCCCAGUUUCGUCUGGAUGGGAAAGGUGCAGUUUUCCACAAGCUCCUCAGAGAAGUCCUAGCGUCUCCUCAUCACAUUCCCAGAGGUCCAUCGAAAGUCUCUUUGCAGCCAGGUUAAGCUUAAACAAGACUAGACUCCUAACUCGAGCCGCCAAAGGAUUUAUGAUCAAAUCUCCAGGGAAAAGUGGUGAAGAGAGUGAAGUUGAGAAGAAUAUUGACUAUUUGCCUCUGGUCUCGCUGCAGCUGGCGUGUGGUGCUUUCCUGCUCACGCAAGCCUUUGCUGAUGCCACCAACAUCCCUUUGGAGAAGCUGAAGUGGACAUCUCCUUUUAACAGUCACCGUGCUGCUCUGAGUCCACUGUCUCAUGGGUCUUCUCCAUCUAGGAAGGAAGUGCACCUCCCUGCCGGCACUUCACAUUUAUUGGCACCAGAAACAGAUUACCACGGCACUGUCAAUGGGUUUGGUGAAGAAGUUGGUGAACAAACACGUACCCGACACUUGUCGAGCAGUUCGGCUGAGAGUCCUUCUCGCCUUUUCAAGACAGAAAAUGAACUAUCCCUUCCGGUCUUAUCUCUGAGGCGCUUCUCUUCUCCAGAGAGUACCCAAGACUCUUCAUCCACUCACACAGAUAGUGGGCUGGGGUCAGAGUCAGAUACCAGUGAGCUGCAGUCUUGGAUGGAAAAUAUUGAGGAACAACGGAGGUCACAGCCAGAAAGCAUGGUUUGGGCAACAGCAGUGGCUCUGGCCUGGCUGGAGAACAGCUCAGCUGCGUAUUUUAUUGAGUGGGAGCUGCUCGCAGCCAAGGCUGAUAGAUGGUUGUGUAGACAGCAGAUCCCUGAGGGACGUACUCUGGCCACGGUAAAGUCCGCAGCCCAGCAGCUCUUCGUGUUGCUCCGGCACUGGGAUGAGAACCUACAGUUUAAUGUCUUAUGCUACAAUCCAAGCAGUGUGUAGGGCGGUCUAGAUGCCAGCAUAAAUGACAUGUAUGGUUUGCGUGUUGUGUAAAUUGCAGGUGUCUGUGAGUUGGGUUAUGCUUCUGCAUGUGGGCUCGGAAUGCACCCAUCUGCCGGUGCUUCCUGUAUGUUCUAUGCCAGUCCUUGCUUCCCAAGGGGUAACCAGGUGUCUGCUGUGGAAGAUGUACUGACUCACUCUUAAUGUCAAAGUGCCAACACUCAGUGCAUGACUUGUACGUCUGUCAUAGAGGGCCGCCACCACCAUAUCACAUCACCACCACCAUAUGCACACUGAGAGUCUAUGGCAGUAAGAGGCAGAUAAAGAAGCUGGAGUCAUCAAUACAGAAUAGUGUCUUAAAUCCUCCACCCCUAAAAAAAGAUUGUGAGCUCUGCAUCACAGCUUUGAAAACUUUAAAAAGCUUGUAACCUAUUAUAUAACGCCCUAAAGAAGUGGUGCAUGCUAGUCAGUCAGAUCUCCAUGAGUACACAUCAUUCAGUCUGGUUUUACUGUGUGUACGCUGGUCAAUCUGUUCUCCUUUUGUGCACACUUGUCAGUUUCUUUUCCCGGUGUGGGCAUGUUGGUCAGUCUGGUGUCCCUGUGCAAGAAUGAUAUCCAGUUUGUUCUCCCGGUGUGUGAACGAUGGUGAGCCUGUUCUCCCGGUGUAUGAACGACGGUGAGCCUGUUCUCCCGGUGUGUGUUCGAUGGUGAGCCUGUUCUCCCGGUGUGUGAAAGAUUGGGAGCUUGUUCUCCCGGUGUGUAAACAAUGGUGAGCCUGUUCUCCCGGUGUGUGAACGAUGGUGAGCCUGUUUUCCCGGUGUGUGAACGAUGAUGAGCCUGUUCUCCUGGUGUGUGAACGAUGGUGAGCCUGUUCUCCCAGUGUGUGAAAGAUGGUGAGCCUGUUCUCCCAGUGUGUGCACAAUUGUGAGCCUGUUUUCCAGCUGUGUGCACGAUUGUGAGCCUGUUUUCCCGGUGUGCGCACGAUUGUGAGCCUGUUUUCCUGGUGUCUGUGCACGAUGGUGAGCCUGUUUUCCUGGUGUGUGCACGAUGGUGAGCCUUUUCUCCCGGUGUGUGUACGAUGGUGAGCUUGUUCUCCCGGUGUGUGAACGAUGGUGGGCCUGUUCUCACGGUGUGGGAACGAUGGUGGGCCUGUUCUCCUGGUGUGUGCAUGAUGGUGAGCCUGUUCUCCCGGUGUGUGAACAAUGGUGGGCCUUUUCUCACGGUGUGUGCACGAUGGUGAGCCUGUUCUCCCAGUGUGCACGAUGGUGAGCCUGUUCGCCCAGUGUGUGCACGAUGGCGAGCCUGUUCUCCCGGUGUGUGCACGAUGGCGAGCCUGUUCUCCCGGUGUGUGCACGAUGUUGAGCCUGUUCUCCCGGUGUGUGCACGAUGGUGAGCCUGUUCAUCCGGUGUGUGCACGAUGGUGAGCCUGUUCUCCCGAUGUGUGCACAAUGGUGAGCCUGUUCUCCUGGUGUGUGCACGAUGGUGAGCCUGUUCUCCCGGUGUGUGCACGAUGGUGAGCCUGUUCUCCCGGUGUGUGUACGAUGGUGAGCCUGUUCUCCUGGUGUGUGCACGAUGGUGAGCCUGUUCUCCCAGUGUGUGCACGAUGGUGAGCCUGUUCUCCCGGUGUGCACGAUGGUGAGCCUGUUCUCCCGGUGUGUGCACGAUGGUGAGCCUGUUCUACCUUCUCACGCUGUGCCUGGGCUCUCUGUGAGAUACAGCCGAGUUAAACAGCCAAGUGACACCUUGUACAUGGCUUUUAAGGGAUCUACGGGUGGGGUCUAUUUUAAAAAACUGGGGUUUGGUUCUAUGCAUGGGGUUGGGGAAUCUUGUGUUUGAGGUUAUUUAUUGGAGUUUUUGUGUCUGGGCUGUGUGUCUGUGUUAUUGCCUGGUGGGUUGCAUUUUAUUGAUGACUUUCUUUAUGUUUAAAUUGAUUUCAGUCUUAGAUAUGAGGUUCAGUCUGUAUCUGUAUGGGAAUCUCGCAUACUUUAUCCUCGUUGCUCGAGCUUUACAGUACCAAUCUCCCCGUUACUCUGUACGUGACGCUUUUUUCUUAGUCUAUUCUUCUGUAUCAUUUAUAUAUGCGUAUAAAUACUUAAACUUGUGCGAUUUGUCUUCCUGUAUAGACUGCGCUCAUUGAGAUAUACUGUGUUUAAAUGAUCCAUUAGCCGUUACACCCUGCAUUUGUAAUGUACGCCCAUAAACGUACAGGAAGAUAUGAGAACCUCAAAUUAUGAUUCACUAAGAGACCCAUGAAAGAAAUCCUUUUGGUCCGAUAUUAGAUAUGGACUAACUUGCUCUCUGAUGCGAUUUCCUGCCGCCGACAUUGACUUCAAGUUUAGAAUUUAUUUUACAAGUCGCCUGCUGUCUCGGGAAGGCUAGAUGUGGAAUCAGAUAUACACUGUUUAUUUCAAUCCGUGCACAAGGUAUGAUUAAUCUGCAUUUCUUUCUGUGGGUAAAGAACAUUCAGACCUCCGUGCCUUCUGCUACUGUGAAUUUGUACGUGGGAUUUUGGAGAGGUGUUUUUCCUCUCGUCUCACCUUGUGUCAUUUCUCUUUAUGCAUAUUUUAAAUCCGUA